AUGUCUUUGUCUACCAUUAAGAAACACAUAGCACGAUGUAAUCAGUUUUUAUCCGAAAAAUUGGGAGCUACCAAGGGCAUGGACAAGGGUCCUGAUUACAAACAACUAACUCAGCUUAUAGACUCAUACAAAGCCUUUUAUGAAGAUGUACAAAAGCGCGUUAUUGACUGUUUAGAACCUAACCCUAAUGCGCGAAAACGAGCAUGGGCUAGUGCUGCCGUAAAUAAAAUUCAGGGAAGCACAAACAAUGAGAAUUAUCCUCAUGCAGAGAGGUUUCUUUCUGAUUGCUUUUUGGAGUAUGGAAAACAAUUAAGUCAGCAACCCGGUUUGAGUCUGGCACUUAUUCAAUGUGGAGAAGCAUACAAUAAAAUUGCUGAAUCAAAAAAUCAGUCGGUAGAUGAAACAAAAUCUGGCUAUUUACAACCGAUUUCUGAGAAGUUACACCGAGAUAUCAGGAAAAUAUCAGUACUUCGAAGAAAAGUUGAAAAUAAACGAUUAACGUUUGCUCAUAGAAAAAAUGUCCUAGAAAAAAAUGCGUUCACAACCAAUGCUCACCCGGAUCAAGCAUUUGAGGAGUGUAGAAUUCAGUAUGAAGACUCAUUGGCAGCCAGUACAGCAGCUAUGUCGAACUUUUUGGAUACUGAAGUUGAACAAAUCAAAACUUUGUCUAAUUUCGUUAAUGCUCAAUUAAGCUUCUAUCAGGAUGCUGCUCGAAUUUUAUCCGAUCUACAUGGAGAACUUGAAAUGAGAUUGCUGGAUGCGUGUGAUCAUGCAAGACGACAAACUCCAUAUCCUGUUAGUUCAAAUGAUGCUUUACCAGAUAUACCGUCAUUAUGUCACGAGUCUACAAAUUUCCAAAUAAAGCCACGAUACGAUGAUCAUUCAAAAAGAACACCUCAAUGUGUUGCUUUGUAUAAUUUCACUGCUGAAAGUCCUUUUGAACUAUCUUUUUGUAAGGGCGAAUCGAUCAACUUAAUUGAACAGAUUGAUGACAACUGGUAUUUGGGUGAGCUAAAUGGACAAGAAGGUCAUUUCCCAACAAAUUUCGUCCGUGUAACUUGUCCUUUACCAUGA